ACUACAACAGAAAGACAGGGAGAGUUUUUAUAAAUAACAAAGAAGAGAUUUUUUUUUUUACCUAGCAAUCCUGACUUGUAUCUCCUCUCAUUCAAACUCCAAAAGCUGCAUUUUUUUUCCUUUGCAAUCAAGUUUUCACACUGCAAGUUCAGCUACUGUGUGGAGAUAUUUCUGAUUCACUCUCAGGCAUCUAAAGACUCAUUUCCUGCUCUGAGAACUGCAGACAAAAUAUACCAAAGCCAUACAUGUGCCUGUUUGUUUGACAUGAUUCCAGCAUCAGGAGCAGCCAUUCCAAAGUGAAUCUCUGUUGAGCAAGGACAGAAAAGGGCUGGGGGGAGGCUCUGUUUUUAUGCAGUUUACACAAAAGGACUAGUUGGCUUAUUUUUGGAAGGUGAAGAGCGGGGUGACCUGGAGAGGAAGCGCCCGGGAACAGAAAAGGUCCGGGAAGAAGGAGGAGGAGGAGGAAAAGGAGAAGGGUGCUUCAAACUGAGAAAGAGCAAACUGAGAAAGAGCAUCCUCCCAGCCUAGAAACAGAUACCAACAAGACCACAAGACCAGGUUUACUUUUAUGUGUUUUAAGAAAAAGAAACUGUAGGGAUUCUGCACGCUCACAUCCGGGACGCACCGGCACACCGCCGCGGAAUGGAUCUCCCUCCAGUCAGAGAAAUGUCUGAUGUCCCUUGAGAUUUGGGAUCCCCUACCCCGGUGCCACACUGCUGGCUCCCCAGGAUGGAACACACUCAUUCCCUGAGAAAUGAGCAGGACUCAGUACUCUCACUUGACCAGAUACGGGCCUUUCGGGCCAACAAUGACUAUGUGGACAGACCAGUGGCGUUGGAACCGGGAUCCCAGUCUGGAUUCUACUACGCCCACGAGGACCGUAUAGUAUACAGCCAUCACCCCCAGCCUUCUUCUUUCUCCUCUGCUCUGUCCCGCAGUCAAAGUCAGCAGCAGCAUGCUCAUCUGGCACACCUGAGCCGCUCCAGCACCGUGAGUUCCUCGAUUUCUCGGACCAGUGCCACAUCCGAUCAGCGGCUUCUGGCAGGUUUGACGCCAUCUCACUCUGGAUUCAGUUCAGUGAUCCACUCUCAGCCUAAAGGGGAGCUUAAGUCCGACACUUCCUUCGGUAAAGGCCUGACAGACGAGGAGGCUGAACAUUUGUUCAUCUGUGAGCGAUGUGGCCGCUGCAAGUGUCAGGAAUGCUGCAGCCCCCGCCGCCUGCCUUCUUGCUGGGCCUGUGAGCAACGUUGUCUUUGCUCUGCCGAGAGCGCCGUGGAGUAUGGUACUUGCUUGUGUUGUGUGAAAGGCCUGUUCUAUCACUGUUCUGCCCAAGAUGACGAGGAUAACUGCGCUGAUCGGCCAUGCUCCUGCGCUGCAGCCCACGCCUGCGCUCGUUGGAGCACCAUGGCGCUGCUGGCGCUCUGUCUGCCCUGCCUCUGCUGCUACCCCCCUGCCAGGAUGUGUCUUGCACUAUGCCAGUGCGUCCAUGACCGAGCAACACGGCCUGGCUGCAGGUGCAGCAACACCAACACAGUGUGCCGCAAAAUUUCUGCCUCCAACCCUAACGCCGGUCACCCACCGCUACGAAACAAAGACCUGGAAAAGUCGCUAUGACACGUUUAGAGUUGGGGGAGAAAAUC